AACACGGUAAACUGUAAGAUUCUGUGAUGGAUAAUGUUUCAGUUAUUACUAUGUUUACUCUGUCUGGUUUAAAUGGGACAACGAACUACAGAGUUACUCUGUUUGCUCUCACUUUACUGUGUUAUUGUCUGAUUUGGUUGGUAAAUGUGACCAUUAUUGUGACAAUCAUUAUGGACAAAAGCCUUCAUGAACCCAUGUACAUCUUCCUCUGUAAUCUGUGCAUCAAUGGACUUUAUGGGACAGCAGGAUUUUAUCCCAAAUUCCUUGUGGAUCUUCUAUCCAACAUUCAUGUAAUCUCUUACGCUGGAUGUUUCCUGCAGGGUUUUGUGUUGCACUCUUCAGCUUGUGCUGAUUUCUCUCUUCUAGUGCUAAUGGCCUAUGACAGAUAUGUGGCUAUAUGUCGACCUCUGGUAUACCACUCUGUGAUGACUACACAAAAAAUUUGUCUGCUUGUGUUUUUAGCUUGGCUUGUUCCCUUUAACCUGUUGUUUCUGAGCACAAUAACCACAUUAAGAUCGAGGUUAUGUGGCUCACACAUACCUAAAAUCUACUGUAUUAAUUUUUUGAUUGGUAAACUAGCUUGUUCUGCCUCCAUAGCAAAUGUUAUUGUUCCAGCUUUUAAUUAUACUUUUUAUUUUGGCCAUGUAAUUUUUGUUGUUUGGUCUUACAUAUAUAUGAUCAGAACAUGCUUAACAUCCAAAGAGAACAGGAGUAAAUUUAUGCAGACAUGUUUGCCACAUUUAUUCUGUUUAAUAGUUGUUGUUGGAUCUUUGCUUUUUGAUUUGUUGUACAUGAGAUUUGGCUCAAAAGAUAUAUCACAAAGUGUUGAGAAUUUUAUGGCAAUAGAAUUUCUUGUUGUCCCUCCAAUUAUAAAUCCCCUGAUCUAUGGUUUCAAAUUGACACGAAUAAGAAAUCGAAUUCAAAGUUUUAUGUGCAGUAAAAGUUCAGUUUUUAGAUAAACUUAUGAGUUGGAAAAAUCUGUUUGUGUCUGUAUGUGAUUUGGGAGAAAUACUUUUGACGCUAACAAUAUUGUAUUGUUGUAUCAGUAAACAAUGUGACAGUUGUACUUUACCACCAUUCCAGGUUGUACAGUACAAAUAUACCAACACAGGACUUAAAGAAAGCAACAUGAAAAGCAGGCCAACUACAUUUAUCUAACAAUUAUGUUUUAAUGUUUCUCCAACCACAUCACAUUUAAUGUAUUGUCAGCCAUAUGUUGCUUUCAAUAAAUCUCUACUGGAUCAUAAAA